UUCUCCCAAACUUUUUUUCCCCUGAAAGGAUCGAGGAGAAGCUCCGUUAGAUUUUCAGAGGACGGGGAUCCGACCAGGAGAAGAAAGAACACGGGUGGAAUAGCGGCGUCCAAAACUGAAUCCUGCCCUCUUUUUUUCCCGUCCCCUCGCACGAGAGCCGCGAGGAACGGACGCGCGUGCUAGUCUUUGUGCUGUGCUGGGUUCCGCGCUCCCUCCCGCACCGAGAGGACUUGCACCAUCAGAGGCGAUGAGUUGUGAGUGAGCUAUGCCUUGUGGAAAUGGACAGACUUUAUCCAAGCGAAAACAUGGCGUCUGCGUCCCGAGGCUCGGCUUCGUGUCCACUCUGCUCGUGGGGCUCUGCUGCCUGGAGGCGUGGGGCUCCGGGCCGCGCGGCGGCGGCGGCGGCGGCGGCGGCUGCGGCCCCUGUCCCGUUAACUGCAGCUGCGCGCUGGCGGGGCUCCAGGCGUCCUGCGUCGUCAACUGUUCCGGCGUCGGGCUGGAGAGGGCCCCGGCGGCGGCGGACCUCCCGCCGGCCACCAGCGUCCUAGAUCUUUCCAACAACCACAUCUCCUCCCUUGAUACCAGCCUGUUAGAUCAUCUCACCAGCCUCAGAGAGUUGUAUCUUCAAGGGAACAGGAUCAACGUUCUCCCCAGAGGCGUCUUCUGCUGUGGGCCGCUGUCCAUCCUCAAUUUGAGCAACAACCAAAUCACAACCAUAGAAGAAAGAAUAUGCGACAACCUAUGCAAUUUAAGCCAAAUCGACCUGAGCAGUAACCCCUUUGAGUGUGACUGUAAGCUGUUCCGGUUGGUCAGCUGGCUCCAGGAGAAGGGGGUGCGAGUGCAGGACCCAGAGGCCAUGCUAUGCAACCACCCACCUGAGCUCCGCCACCAGCCUCUGCUCAACGUCAGCCUGCUCACCUGCGGUCUGAACUAUGCCGGCUGCCUGGAAGACAGCGGCGGCGGCGGAGGGGGGCGCAGCGAGCUCGUCAUCUUCUCCUCCUCCACUCCGGGGAACUUCACGCGGCAGCAGUGCAACAGCGUGUGCUUCGCGGCGUCGCACCGCUACGGCGGCCUGGGGGAGCGGCGCGAGUGCCUCUGCAGCACCAACUCGGAGCCCAACUUCAUCAGCGAGUCCCAGUGUUCGGCUGCGUGCUCCAAGCCCCACGUCAUGAAGGAAUGUGGGUGGACUCUGGCUCAUGAUGUGUUUGCGGUGGAUUUCUCCGUCUCGCUGAAGCCUCUCCGCGUGCAAAGUGUUCACGACCUUGUUAGUUUCGCUGCCGCCUCCUCUGUCGCCCCGGUGACGCUGUCCUGGGACUUUGGCGACCUGUCGUCGCGGGCCAACACUACGGCGACGGGAACCACCCACAAAUACGGACUUCCGGGACGUUACGCCGUCGGCCUGAAGGCCUGGGCCGGACACAAGGAGGUGUCUGCACGCGGAGAGGUGACCGUGGCGCUCCCGCCUAAACUGGAGCUGCACUGCCCACUUCUUGCUGUGGCCAAUAAAAGCCUAGAAGUCAUACUGGUGAGCUGGGGCGCUCUGGGAGUGGACGUGGACUGGACCAUAACAAAGGAUGGUGUGCAGGUUGCCAAAGCCUCCCCUCACUGUCCGAAAGACGCCUUGUACCACGCAGAGUCCUCGCGCUGCUUCCAGAUCGUUCCGGGGGAGUUGAGCUGGACCGAUGCUCGGCAGCAGUGUUCAGAGCGUGGUGGGGAUCUGGCAGUCGUCAGGACCAACGCGCUGCGGAACCUGCUGUCACACAGAGUCACACAGGAGCGAGGCGUGUGGCUGGGCCUGAGCGACGUGGACUCUCCGGGCAAACUGCGCUGGGUGAAUGGCUCAGAAGCCCAGGAGGGGGAGGAGGGCCUGCCGCUGCGCCCCCCCAUCCGCGGCAACAUGUGCGUGUCGCUGGAUCAGCGCAGUCAGACCAGUCAGCACCAGUGCAACGCCAAACGGGCCUACGUCUGCCAGUACAGCCCCGAAGUGCGUGUUCCAGACGCUGGGAUCUACAUGUCUGGCCUGGCUGUGUUUCCCUCCCACAAUCCUUUGCGUUAUGCCCUGCCCUCCCGGGUCUCUGCUCCAAACCAUCCCAGUGGCAGCAUAGAGGUGUUGCUUCUCCCGGCUCUGAGCUUCGUUCAGUCGGGUCGUCUGUCCUCCCUGGAGUUUGUUACUAAGGACCUCAGCUCGCAAGUUCACGUUCGGUUCCAGACCUACAGACCUUACUGUCAUUACCCUGGCCUGCACCUGCUGUUGCCCAGCUGUGGGGGUCCCGUGUGCUCUCCCACGGCUCUGUGUGUCCCUGAGGACCCCGGCAGCGCCGCCGCGCCCCCCUGCCCCCCGCUGGAGCAGUGGUGUUCCUUCCAGCGCCAGUGCCUGCCUCUCGCCGCCGCGUGCCGGCCUUCGCCCUGUCCCAACGCCACCCUCCACCUCCGCCCGCCGCCGGGGGUCCGCAGGCCCCGCUACGCGCUCCAGUACGAGGUGGUGUUGAGUCUGCCAGCAGGGCCAGCGGCACACGUGGUGGUACAAGAACAAGUGGAGGACCUCCUGGUUUCCCCUGGUGACGUGAUUGCCCUGCAGCAUGACGCUGGGCCCAUGUCCCUCCUCCACUGCCAGGACUCCACACACUCACCGUGGAGACAGGCCGUUUUAGCCCUCAACCAGUCCGAGUGGUUGUGGAUCAACCACACCAGACGCCCAGAUGGCUCCACGGACGCCGGGCUCCUGCGUGACCCGGAGCUGGACGUGGAGGUUCUGGUGCAGGACGGGGAUGGAGGCUGGCUGGAGGACGUGGUCUGCCCCGUGCGAGUGCUCUACGUGGGACAGAGUGAGACCCCGCUGCAGGGGGCGCAGCUGUCUGCAGGCCUGCCGCAGCCCGGACUCUACAACCUGCUGGUUUCUUCUGUGGAGCCUUCAUAUCCAGCCUCAGCCUCCUGUUCGCUGCGGGUGGUGCCUCCGCUGGGCUUGACGAUCCUCCACCCCUCCCCCCAGAACGGCACCGUCUACCUGCAGCCCAACGACACCCGGGUUCUGCUCCGCGUCCAGUCCGGCUCCGCCACCCGGGCGUCGCAGCGCGGCACCACCCGCAGCGCCGCCUUCCAGCCCGUCUGCCCGGCCGAGUUCUCAUCCGGCCCGGCGCUGUGCCGCCCCGGGCCGAGCCCCGGCGCCGGCGCCGGGGGCGGGGAGCCCAGCCUGUACGCGGCGCUGGAGCUGAGCGUGCCGGCGGCGGAGCACGGCGGCGGCGCAGCGCGGGUGAAGCUGGAGGCCCGAAACAAUGUGACGGAGGCCGGCUUGACGCUCGCCGUGCUCCUGGAGGAGCCGCUGGGCGGGCUGACGGUGCGGCCGCACCCUGCGCACCGGGUGCUGAUGGAGUCGGUGGUGAGCUACACAGCGUCGGUGCUGGCGGGCUCCAACCCCACAUUCAAAUGGACGGUGGACGACAAGCCCUACUUCACCUACUACAACGCGGUUCUCAACGUCAUCUACCAGAACGCCGGCGUCUACAAGCUCACCGUGACAGCCACCAACCACGUGAGCGCCCUCACGCAGCAUUUCAACGUGACGGUGGACCGGCUGCUGCCCAUGGCCAACCUCACGGUGAAGGGCGUGCCGGACCUGGUCCCCCGGGGCUCCAACCAGACUCUGACCACCUCGGUGCUGGUGGACAUGUCCGUGGCCGCCACCUUCCGCUGGUCCUUUGGUGACGGUGGAGGUGGAUAUAAGGAGUUUGAAUACAGGCCUCCGUACCCCCCCUCCCUGCUCUGCCCAGACGCUCCCAACCAGGUGCUCCUCAGCCACAAUGUCACCUACAUCUACGAACAGCCAGGCAUUUACACAGCGCUGGUGUCGGUGUCCAACCGCUACGAGAACGUCAGCCGGAGCAUCAACAUGAGCGUGUACAGCAUCCUCACCCACGUGGACAUACAAACAGAGCCUCAGCUGCUCAUGGGCAAGUCGGCCUACUUCGAGGCGCACCCCCUGCCCUCACCCCACGGCAUUCACUACCAGUGGAACUUUGGCGACGGCUCUGCCACGCUCCAAGGUCGCCUGGUGGCGCACACGUACGCGCAGAGCGGCGUCUUCAACAUCUGCGUGUCUGUGAACAACACCAUCAGCGCCAUGGAGGCCUGCGAGGAGACGUUUGUCCACGAGGAGAUUGGAGACCUGACAGCUGUCAGCUCAUCGCCCACAGAGCUUCACAGCCCCACCGCAGUGUGGGCUCGCCUCGCCUCGGGCAACAACAUCACGUGGACCUUUUCCAUGGGCGACGGCAAGGUAUACAUUCAACCCCAGCCUCGUGUGUCACACAACUACAGCAAGGACGGCAACUACACCGUGAAUGUGACCGCUGCGAACGCGGUGAGCUCUGGUUGGUUCAGUCUCCCGGUGCACGUAUUUGUUUUCCAAGUGAUCAGAAUGGAGCCGUCUGGUUGCGUCCAGGAGCGCGUCCCUGUCACCUUCCACGCCUGGGUCUCUGGGAACGUCUCAGCUCAUUUUUGCCAAUGGAGCUUUGGAGACGGAAGUCCCAAUGAAACGCAUCACGGCAGCCCCACAAUCGCCCACACCUACUCCACCAGCGGGAACUACCGCCUCUCCCUGCUUCUGUCCAGUGGGGUCAACAAGGCCACCAAGGCCAACUUCUUCAACUGGGUGUGUGUUCAGCCAGCUCUGACCACCAUCAGCCUCACUCACACAAAAGCAUAUUACUCUGUUGGGGAGGAGAUAGAGUUUCAGGUCAAAGCUGAGCCUGAGUUUAACUACAGCUAUCAGUGGGACUUUGGUCGAGUGGAAGAGCUUGUGCUCCUCCGCGGUUCUGGGAACAUUGUGACAACAUAUAAAAACCCAGGUCAAUACAUUGUGACAGUGACUGUCUUCAAUAACAUCUCGUCCCUCAAUACCAGUGCUGUAAUUGAAGUUCUGGUGCCCAUAGGACCAGUUAUCAUCCAACAUAAUGGCACUAAGGGUAACAACCUGACACUUGGUCAACCAUAUGCUUUCACGACUUCUUCCUUGGCCUCAAAUGUCACCUACACCUGGAAAUUUGGAGAUGGGAAUGUGCAAACGGGUCAAAAUGUCCUCCACCGCUACAACAUCUCGCGAAACUACAACAUCACACUGACGGUGGACAACCGAGUCAGCAGGAAUCACACUUCUCUACCUGUUGCUGUGCUCGCACCCAUCCGCGGGCUGACGCUCGACGCCAGCCUGGUGAACGUCCCCCUCGACACCUCCGUCAACUUCAGCGCCAAGAUGGAAGAGGGCGACGCCGUCCACUUCUCCUGGAUCUUGUGCGACAGUUGCACCUCGAUCUCAGGGACCUACACCAUGUUGUACACCUUUCGCUCCGUUGGCACGUUCAACAUCAUUGUGACGGCGGAGAACGACGUGGGGACAGCACAAGCCAAUAUAUUCCUGUUCGUCCAACGGAAGCUGGAGGGGCUGCAGGUUUUAGCCGAGGAGGAGGCGGAGCGCGGCCUGAGCGCGAGCGCUUGCUGCUUCGCCACGGAUCGCACGCUCCACCUCCAUGCAGGAUUAAAGGAGGGAACCAACAUGACGUUCACUUGGAACUUCAUCAGGCCCCUCGACCCUGUCAGCUCCAUCUUCAACCUAAGCGGGAAGACGGUGGAGGUGAACUUCUCCACUCCGGGGCCAUGUGACAUCUUCCUCCGAGCCGCCAACCUCCUGGGGCAGCUGUCUGUCAACAGAACCAUCUACUUCCUGGAGGCAGUCAGAACGGUGUACCUGCACGUCAGCCACAACCCGGUUGCAGUCAGCGCCACGACCAACCUGACGGUGUUGACGAUGGAGGGCUCCAACCUGCGGUACAGCUGGUCUAUAAAUGGGGAGGUUCUGCAGUGGCACAAGUCGUGGAUGGCACAUAACUUUACCAGUGCUGGUCAGAUGAAUGUCACUGUCACGGUCUUCAAUGAGGUCAGCUCGGUGCUCGUGUCACAGAUUGUCAGUGUUCAGGAAGUCAUUUCCGGGCUGUCGUUCACGGCUACAAAUGUGACCGAGCAAAAUUAUGUAGCGACAGGCGUCAGCGUCUUGCUCCAGGGGAAGGUACUGGCAGGAACCAAUGCAACAUGGACGUGGCUGAUAGAAGGAAGAACUGAAACAGGAAAGAACACUUCUUUAACGUUUCAUGAGCCAAAGACCGCCAACGUCACUCUCAUUGCCAGCAAUGAUGUCAGCCGCCAGGUGAUUUCCAGGGAAUUCUUCGUUCAGGACAAGAUUCAGGGAUUGGAGCUGAGGUCAAGUAAACAGUUCGCAGAAGUCGGGCAGACUGUGGAGUUCACCGUUUACAUGGCAGCAGGUUCAAACGUUAGUCUCAUCCUCACCAUCAGUGGAGGCUCCACUGUUGAACUUGAACCCAAUCAAACCUACGUCCAUACCUUCAACAGGGUGGACACGUACAUAGUGAAUCUCACUGCUCUCAACCAGGUGAGUUCCAAGAGGUGGUCGCUGCAUGUUAAGGUGAUGGAGCCAGUCCAAGGACUUUCAAUGAGGGACAGCUACACAGCUAUUCCUGUAGGCGAGAAGAGGCUGUUUGCUCCCAACAUCAAGAAAGGCAACGAAGUUCACUUCCUGUGGACGUUUGAUCUGCAUCACCUGGACAAAUUAACGCUUGUGGCAAAUGAGGUGUAUUACACGCCCCAAGAAGCAGGGACACUGAUCGUCUACCUGAAGGCCUUUAAUACGCUGACUAGUCAGAACAUCACCAAGCACAUCCUGGUGCAAAACGUGCUGAAGGCUGCUGUCCUUCACGCAGUGCCUCAGGACACCUUCAUCUACAAGACCGUGACCCUGACGGCUGCUGUGACACCCAGAUCCAACGCUGUGGAGUGUUUGUGGGACUUCGGGGACGGUUCUAAUCCAGUUCACAGCAACACCACGACUGUGGAUUAUGAAUACAGACGUCCCGGUCCCUACCUGGUCCAAGUGAACUGCAGCAACUUGGUGAGCUGGGUGCUGGCGCAGGUUGAGGUCAAUAUCAGUGUGUUGGAGUGCGAGGAGCCAGAGGUGCAGGUGGUUCAAGCCCCCCGUCUGACCAUCUGGCGCUCCCAGGCCACGUUGGUGGAGGCCAGCGUGGACCUAAAAGGCUGCGCACGCUACGGGGCUCAGUAUCUUUGGCAGAUCCUGCCAGCGACAUCCUGCGACGGCGACAGGGACCUCCUGGUGCAUUCUGGGACGCCGCCCGCUCAGCCUCUGCCCGUGCCGGCCGAGGUGGACGUGCGGCGGCUCCAGCUCCCUCUGCCUAAGAUGGCUCUGGGAGCAGGAAACUACAGCCUGGUGUUCACGCUGUCCUACGAGGGCGUGCCGCUCAGAAAGGCUGCCUGUGUGCAGCUCAGCGUCAUGGCUGCCAGGCUGAUGCCCAUCAUAGAAGGGGGCACGUACAGGGUGUGGUCGAAGACGCAGGACCUGCAGCUCAGCGCGGAGCAGUCCUAUGACCCUAACAUGGACCCGGACAGCCAGUCCCUGCUUCACUACCAUUGGGAGUGUCAGAAUACAUCCAAGGGUCCACAGCACUGCUCCACUUUGAACUUCGGUCUGGGCUCCAGCGGCCCGGUGCUGGGAAUUUCUGGCGCCGAGCUGGAAGCUGGUGUUGAAUACACAUUCAAGCUGACCAUCAGCAAAGACGGCAUGGCACCGGAGUCCACCACACAGACGGUGCUGGUACAGAGCGGCCACAUUCCCAUGGUGUAUCUGGAGUGUGUGUCCUGCAAGGCCCAGUCCAUCUAUGAGGUCAGCCUGAACUCCUACGUGUACCUCAAAGGAAGAUGCAGCAACUGCGAAGGAACCUACCGUGGGUGGUGGAGCGCCGUGACGCUGCAGAACGAGACUCUGAUCCUGGACUCCACCUCCACCACCACGGGAAGCGACGACCUGAACCUGGUGCUGCGCCAGGGCGUCCUGCACCACAACGACUCCUACGUCUUCACGCUGCACGUGACCGACAGCAGGCUGGACGGCGUCGGCGUCGCCUCCAUCGCGCUGUCCCGCAACCUGCCCCCGGCGGGCGGCGCCUGCCACCUGAGGGGGGGCGGGGAGGCGGGGGUGGAGUACGGGGACGGGGACAGCGAAGGCUGGAGGAUCCGCACGCUGCUGGACCGCGUGCAUUUCAACUGUUCAGGCUACAGCGACCUGGGAGACUCUGAGACGCCCUUGCUGUACAGCCUGCUGGUGACUCGCUGCAGGGAGGACUACUGCGAGGACUUCUGCGUGUACAAAGGCAGCAGCCCGGAGCACUCGGCCUUCCUGCCGCCGGGCUUCAGCUCAGCCCAACACCGCGUGGCGGUGUCCAUCGUGGUGGAGGACCACCAGGGAGCAGCUAGCACCGCGCUUAACAAGUCCAUUGAAGUGGCGCUGCCCGAUCCGCCCCCGGAGUACACCAGCCUCCCCCACUGGCUGUCUCAACUGAUAGACAGCAAACUGAAGACGCUGCUGGAGCAGGGAGACUCACAGCGGGUUCGAGAGUUAUCGCUGGCGCUCAUCACUGCCCUAAACGAGUACGAACAGACCAGGGAGUCGGUCCGGGUGUCCCGGGACGAGCGCAGCUACCGGGUCAGAGUCCGCAGCAACAUCACCAGAGCUCUGACCGCUCUGGACAUGGCCACUGUCAGUGACAUCCAGCAGACCUCGGCUGCUCUGGCUCAGUGCACGGCCGUGAGUCGGGAGUUCAUCUGCGAGGAGUGUCAGAACAGCACUCUGAACAAGCUGGAGUCCAUGCUGAGGAUUCUGCAGAGCGACACCAAGCAGGGCAUCGUCACGCCGACGGAGAUCGCCGACAACAUCCUGAACAUCAUGGGGGAUCUGAUCCAUCAGGUCAGCCAGUCCACCUCCCAGUCCCACCCCCCCCCCUACCCGGACCCCCCCUCGCCCUCCGCCGCCUCCGCUCCUUCCCUGGGCGAGGAGCAGGGAGGCGCCGGGCCGGACCCCUGGUCGGCCUCGCCGGAGAAGCCCCCCCUGCUGGUGGCGGAGAAGGCGUACAGGCUGUCCUCGGUCCUCAUGAUGAUCCUGAUGCACGCGCGCGUGCUCAACGAGGAGCCGCUGGUGCUGAAGGGGGCGGAGAUCACGGCCACGGGGAAACUGGCGGACCCCCAGAGCCUGCUCUGCUACCACGGCAGCCCAGAGUGCCAGCCGUUCUCCAUCCCCCCAGCGUUCAACAGCAGCCUGGGCCAAGCUGCAGCAGGAAACAACAUCAUACAACUGGUGUUCCAGGUGGCGUCCAACCCCUUCCCCUUCAACUACGUGGCCAACUACACCGUGUCAACUGAAGUGACUUCCAUGGAGUUCCGCACGGAGAACGGCAGCCAGAUCCCGAUCUCGGGGCUGGACGACAGCCAGGCCAUCACUGUGGCCGUGAACAACGGCAGCGGCGGCGAGCCGGGCGCCCCGCGCUGGAGCCCGGCGCGACUUCCCACGGCCGGAGCCGGCCGGAUCCGCCACUGCGACUCGGCCGUCGUCCGGGUCCGCACGGGAAACACGAACAGGCAGGCAGGGCUGUUCGUGCAGCUCAACUUCACUUCUCUGGAAGAUGCCGGCGAGACGGACGCAAGCGGGGAGUACGAGGAGCCUUACAUUACCGCUUACAUCCACUCCCACGAACGUCCCAAUGAGUUCAACUGCACGGACAGUAAACGCAUCGCGCUCAAUAUGACCCGGGGGCAGAACCUGGACCACAGGAAGUACACCUUCUUCCUGUCGCCAGAGUCCUACGACACCACGCUGGAGUACUUCAUCAACGUGAGCGCCCCCUGCGGCCCGCGCUCGCGCCCGGUGGGCGUCGGCCUGGAGGUGGGGGUGUUCGCGUCCCUGUGUCAGUACUUCAGCCAGGCUGAGAAGCAGUGGCGGACGGACGGCAUGGUGCCGCUGGCCGAGACCAACGCCAGCAGGGCCGUGUGCCGCACCGGGCACCUCACCGCCUUCGCCGCCAGCCUGUUUGUGCCCAGCAGCAGCGUCAGCUUCACGGCACCGGAGCGGUCCGGGGCCCCCAGCCUGGUGGUGCUGUUGGUCUGCGUGCUGGGCUUCAUCAGCUACGUCGUGGCGGCUGCCGUCCUGCAUAAGCUGGACCAGCUGGAUCUACGGCGGGCCGGCGUGGUUCCUCUUUGCGGCCGCGACGGACUCUUCAAAUACGAGAUCCAGGUCAAGACCGGCUGGACCCAAGGCGCAGGCACCACAGCCCACGUUGGGAUCAGUCUGUACGGGCGCCAGAGCCGCAGCGGACACCGGCACCUGGACAGCAAAGGAGCCUUCGCGCGCAACGCCCUCGACAUCUUCCACAUCGCGGCGGACACCAACCUGGGAAGCAUCUGGAAGAUACGCAUCUGGCACGACAACAAGGGCCUGUCCCCAGCGUGGCUGCUGCACUACGUCCUGGUCAAAGACCUGCACUCGGGAAGCAGCUACUACUUCCUGGUGGACGAGUGGCUGUCGGUGGACAACGACCGAACCGAUGGACGCGUGGAGGUGGAGGUGGAGGCGUCAGAGGAGGCCGCGCUGCGGCGGCCGCCCCGCCUCCUCAGGCACGAGCUGCAGAGGGCGCUGUGCGAGAGCCACCUGUGGCUGUCGCUGUGGGAGAGGCCGCCGCGCAGCCCCUUCACCCGCCUGCAGAGGGCCACGUGCUGCGCCGUGCUCCUGCAGCUCUUCGUGACGGCCAACACGCUGUGGUACAGCCUGGUGGUGGACAGGAGAUACAGCCCGCAGGCCGUGUCCGGGAUCUCCCCGUUGAGCGGCGAGACGGUGGCGGCGGGGGUGGUGGCCUGUCUGAUCGUCUACCCGCUGUACCUGCUGGUCUUCGCGGUGUUCAGGAUGAGCCGGAGCAAGUGUGUGUCUGUGGAGCAGGUGCCUCCACAGGUGGACCAGGAGUCGGUGGAGAUCGACGACUUCCUGGAUAAUUCUAUUGCUGGAAGUUCAUUCCUCUUCUUUAAUGCUGAGUCCAACUCGGAGGAAUCCAAUGUGGAUUUGCCCUCAGCAUCAACCAAAAGCGUGGAGAGCUGGGACAUGGACGAGGAGGAGACGGGGGACAGGGAGCUGCUGAGUGACGUGUCUGUGGUGGGGGGCGCUGGACACGGGGCCGGGCUGCCCAGGCUCAAGAGGGGCCAGGGCAGCAGGCACCUGGGCGUCGACAUGUCCUUCAACCCCGAGGACGAAGAGGGGGACGGGCAGCGCAACCAGUACUUCACCUCAUCAGAUGAGGACCUGAUCAAGCACAUCCUGGCAGAUGGACAGAACUUCUUUCCUCAGACCGAUGAAAGUGAAAUGGCCGACCUGUUAAGCAUUUUUGGAGACAAGACUGAAGUGAUUCUCCUCCAGAAGCUGAAUGAGCCUCUUCCUCUAGAGCUGGUCAGGAGAGACCCACCGAAAACUGCUUUCACCUCAAAUACAGUGGUGACAGACGUGUGCCGGCCGCGGCGCCUCCCCCCCUGGUGCGGGCGCGCCGCGCUGUGGGCCAGCUGGGCAGCCAUCGCUCUAUUCAGCAGCGUGUCCAUGUGGGCGGGACACGGGUUCAACCAGAGGGUGGCCAUGAUGUGGCUCAUCUCCUGUUUCUCCAGCUUCCUGUGCUCCUGUCUGCUGCUGGAGCCCAUGAAGGUGUUGUGCGAGGCGCUUUACUACGCGGUGUGUGUGCGGCGCCUGCGCCCGGAGGACCAGGACGUGCUGGUGGAGUUCCCGCGGGUGGAGCGGGUGGUCCAGCGGGUUCCCAGGGUCCGACCGCCGCAGGGCUUCGCUCUGUCGCAAGCCCGGCACCAGGCCCGUAAAGUCCACAUGCUGCACACCAUGCUGAAGAAUUUCCUGGUGUACAUGUUUUUCCUGUUGGUGGUCCUGCUGCUCAACUACUCAGACUCCACCAAAGACGCACACAGCCUCAGACUUCGCACUCAGCUGCAGCACGCGCUGCACAUCCCUGAGUACCGCAACAUCGACAGCCGAGAUGAUGUUCUGAUGUGGCUGAACGAGUCCCUGUUGCCACGGUUACUGGACGGCCCCACCCUGCUGAGGGACACAGGAAGUGUGUUGCUUGGCACACUGCGGCUGCGACAGCUCCGGGACACGCAGGUUGCAGGUGGUGUCAGGACAGGAGACAAUGCCUGGACAGACGGCUGGGAAGAUCCCUGGAAUUUCACUGCAUUAGGUGCAAGCGAUGCAAAUAGGGUGAGUUUGUACAUCAGCGACCAUGUGAACCAGCAGCUGAACCGAAGCCUGGAGGAGGCCUCCUCCGCCUUGCAGCAGCUGCAGCAGCUGCACUGGGUGGACCACAGGACUCGUGCUGUGUUCGUGGAGUUCUCCCUCUACAACAUCAACACCAACCUCCUCGCAGUCUUUUCCUUCCUGUUCGACUUCCCGGUGUCUGAGCGUGCUCAGUCUAGCCUCGACCUCCUUGUCAUCACUCUGUGGCCAAUCACAGGCCUGGACCUGCAGCUCCUUUUCACGAUCACCCUGCUGGCGCUGAUGCUGUAUUUCCUGGUCCGAGGGGUCCUGGGCUUCCUCAGAGAGGGCCACGCGUACCUGCUCUCCGCCUGGAGGCUGCUGGGCGUCUGUAAGCUGGCCCUGGCAGCGGCCGUGUGCGGCCUGCACCUUAGCCGCUGCACCGCGGCCAAGCAGCAGUGGGCGUCGUACGUCAGGCAGCCGCGCGACGCCUUCACGGACUUCCACCCGCUGGCCACACAGACCCACGCGUACACGGCCACGUCUGCCGUGCUGCUCUUCAUCCUGGUGCUGAAGGCGUCCCACCAGUUGCGCUUCCUCAGAGAGUGGGCCGUGUUUGGCAGAGCUCUGCGCCGCUCCGUCUGGGAGCUGCUGGGAGUCGCUCUGGCGCUGCUGCUGUUGACGCUGGCUUACUCACACGCAGGACACCUGAUCUUCCACGCUGUACUGGACGGCUACGGCAGCCUGGGCUCCGCCUGCCUGUCCUUGUUGGGCGCCGCCGGCCGGGGUUUGUCCUCCUGGCGUCCCGGCUGGACAGUUGCUGCUCCUUCCAGCACCUUGGCCUCACUGGUGUUCCACACUAGCUUUGCUGUGUGUCGGCUGCUGUUGCUGUGGCUGGUGGCGUCCGUGCUGCUGAGGAACUACCGGCGCGCGCGGGCGGAGCUGUACCGUCCAGCCGUGGACCUCCAGGACUACGAGAUGGUGGAACUGUUCCUCAGACGACUCAAAAUGUGGAUGGGGCUCAGCAGGGCCAAGGAGUUCCGUCAUAAGGUGCGUUUUGAAGGCAUGGAGCUGCCACCAUCACGCUCGUCCUCCACCAGCGACUGUAAGUCCUUGUGCUCGCCCCCACUGGACGCUCCUGACUCCCCACCCACCCCAGACAGCGUGGAUGCAGGCUCCGAGGCCUCGUGGCGCCCAGCGUCCUCCAGUCCCUGCAGCCUGACGGAAGCCCCGGGCGUCAGCAUGGGCCUCGGGCUGGGGCUGGGGCUCAGCCCGGGCAUAAUGGUUGGAGGGAACAGCUGGAGAGAGAGAGCAGAGACUGAGGCUUCUCUGAGGAGGCUCCUCCCCACCCUGGACGCCCUGCUGCAACAGCUUGACCGUGUCACCAUGGCAACAGAGGAUCUGUACCACAUCGAAUGCAAACUGGAGCAGACCCAGCGGAAAAGCAGGUGUAGAGGGAGAGACAGAGGCGGCGGUGGAGGUCACGGAGGGAGGGGUGAGGCUGGGCAGAGGGGGAGGGGGGAGGACAGGGUCUCUGCUGCAUGGAUGGACCGAAAGAGCUGCAAAGAGAAACAGAAGGGGAAGAAGACGAAUAGAAGUGAACUUUCAAAUGAGUGUGGAAACAUUUCACCCAAAGCCAGAAAGACUCCUGUUGCCACUUCUGUCCCUUUCUUAAAAGCCAGACCGGUCUCUGCCUCUGCACAUAGCGCCACUCCUCAGCCAUCAGCCAAUUCUUUGGCCAGUGCACCUCCACCCACACCAGUCGCUGACCCCUCCCCAUCCAGGAACACUCCCCCGGCCCCCGGCCCCCCACCCAAAAGCCCCGGUGCACCUCCGGGCGACGCAGCAGCGACCCCCUCCGCUCCCACGCCCGUUUCCCGGGACAGGGACCCUCCCACAGAGAGAGAGACCCUCCCCUCCUCCAGCCUGUUCAACCACCCCUCUCACACAACCACCAUUCCCACACGCAAGCGGAAACGCAAACCCCCCCCCCUCAAAAACAAAGUGCACCCCAACUCAGACAGGCACGGCCCUGGACACCCCAAGUCGUGAGGGACAAAGUGGGGUGAGAAUGUAAGCUUAAAUGUUGGGUUCAGACCCAUCGAGGGCGGGGGCAGCAGGUUUUGUCCCCAGGUAGCGCUCUCCAGACCCUGAACACAGAAGAAACAGUGAAGAAAACAAGGACACAAAUAUUUUGGCGGAGACUUUAAAGGUCUUUAAUAGGUAAUCUGUCCGAACCGCUGUUUGGUUCCUUAAAAAGAAGAAGGUGCAGGACACCAGAUGCUAACUGUGCUCGUUUGAACCAAGCAAAGGUGACGAUCUGAUCAGAAAUACUCAUCUUUUAUAUUUCCCAUGAUUGAACCCUGACCCUACGCGGCCCUGGAGGUCACAUGGGGUCAUCGACAGGAACACAAACGUGUGCUCACCAGAGGAUGUAACAAACUGAAAGCAGUGUGUAUUUCUCAGUUAAGGUGUCUGUCUACAUAUUUUAUAUUUUAUACUGUGGUCAUCGUGGGUACUUUGUGGCCUGUUUAAAAAAAGAAGAGUCAUAUUUUAUGGUUUUGAACCCAAAUUUGCAUGCAGGCACGCACACAGAUAUACGUAUACGCACAUGCAGGUCAACACAUAGGAAUAACACUGUAGGCAAAGACGUCGGAUACUUUGGGUUCAUGGCACAAAAGGACAAACACACACACAUAAAUACAUUAGCAGACAAGGCUGUUGGGAUCCCAGCAACCAGCUGCUUCAGGGUGCAAAUGUUAAGCGUUCUCUUCAUAAUGGACAAGAAUAGAGAACACGAGAAAACAAGAUGAAGGGAAACACUAAGCGGUGAAAAGGAGACGCAAAGAAAGUGGCCGAUCAUUGGGGUCAGAAUCAGGACACAAAGGUGGAAAUCAGAGAAGAAGCAGAGGAGAUAAAUGAUUAGCCUCCACUUAUAAACAGCACUGCACACAUACAGUACGAACACCAGUUCUCCCAUCAUGAAGCUAUGUGGAACGACACCAGGUCGAGUUAUCUUUAAAUCUCCUAAAUGUUUUUUUUUAAAUUAUGUUGUUUUUAAAAUGGUCACGAUUGAAAUGCACUUUUGUUUGGGUGUAGAUUGUUUUUAAUGAGGUGUGUGGAGUAACAAAAUAAGCUCGGUAUCCAAACCAAUAGAGAAAUCUGUGUCUCAGUUAGCAACGCUGCCAAAGCUUCUACAUCAUUUAUACUUCCUGAGUUUGUACCCUGCAGAGUAAUCUUUUGUCUGUUUUAUACUUAGCACUUUAUUUUCUAAUGAAGUUGAUGUCCAGUGCCAUAUUUAACUCUCAUUUGUCAUGUUUCCAUUCUCUCUCUGUAUAAUAGAAGCAUCUUAAGUAUUAUCACGGUACUGAAGCGAUAGUUUGCGGUUGUCUUAUUCGUCCAGGUCUUUUGUUUUGUCUUAUUUUGAUGAAUACAUACGUACUUCCUGUAUCUAGUGGGCAGAUCUCAGGGAACCCACCCUUUCUAAAAAGAAGCAGACGGGCAACCAGGAAAAACAAAACUGGUUGUUAAGUAGGUGUUUUUGAAGUGUAGUUUAAUGAAUCCACACAUGUCGCUACUAACUUCUGUCUCAUCUAAGCCACAAAGCGUGAGGUUGUGGCAGUCUUACAUAUGCAACAUGGAGCAUAUGGUGGAGGACAUCGGUUGGAGAGGUGCUGAGGGAUGAACCGGAGUUUAACUGCCAAACAAUGCUGGUCCUGCUUCUGCACAGAUCCCACAAGUAUUCAGCUAAAAGCCAAGUGUUCACAUUGGGUGAAAGCUAUCCUCAACUAUUUCAUGGCCCAGUCUGUUGCAUAAGUUUGAAGGUCUCACAAAAACGCCUCGUUUUGUGUGUGUGUACAUUUCUGUAUAUAUUGGUGCUUUGUGGUGUGUAUAUUUUUGCUUUUCAUCAUCAGUAUUGUUUAUGUGCUGCUGUCAUGCAUUCGUAGACCGAGCACUGGUGUUGCACGGUCCAAACUUUUCUCCAGUCUAACUGAAGCUCUGAAGCCAAAUGUAUUUAAUUUGCUCACCUUUUGCCAGCUAGAAGCCACAGGAAGUCAUUGACUCACACAGUCUCCAUAUCCCUGCUCUGUGUAACAUGAUAGUGCCAAAGCGUCUGUCAGCUGCCUUUGUGUUGUAUGGUGCAUUUUGUUGUAAAGCAGUAUUAGUCUCAUCUUUAUAAAAAUUUGUUUGUUCUUUGUUGUAUCUCUUAUGUGUAUUUUGCAGCACUUCCCAUGCUUUUGCACUUGACAAAGUCAAAUAAAGUGUUUGACAGCUAAACUGUGA